AUGGAGACAUUCAGCUUAUUUGGUGAUCUCAGGCUCGAGGACCCCACAGUUUGCUUGACAGAGGAGCGUCAGCUGGAGCUGGAAAGUCUCAUGCCUCUGAUUGAAGCGCUGGAAUCCAGGACCGAAGAUACGGCCAGACAUUUGACAUGGCUCCUGGGUUUGGCCAAAAGCCAGGCCCAGGUCUAA